UUACUAUGUAUGUCUGCAUCAUGUCACUGAAUCGAACGUCCACCACGGACCAAUUGUUGCUUGAUACCAACUUGAUACCAACUUGAUACAGACGAUGAUCUUUGUGAAUAACUCUCAUAUAACGAUCCAUAACCUGAUCAGAUCUAUGCUUUCUCUCCCUCGGGCUUCAGUCACGGUGUAUCUAGGGCUCACGACGUCUGAAAUUCUUUAGCGUUCUCAUCUUAACGCCCCACCGACCUCAGUCCGUAAACUCUUUCAUCAGGGCUGGUCCGUAGUGUUGUUUUUCUUCCGCUAUAAUACUCUUCCCCGCGGGUCAGAAAUCUUGUCUUCUCAUCUCACCUGGAGCAAUGUCGGUUGGUCUGGUUUCUAGAGAAGACCAGCGAGAGUUGGGAACGAGUGCUGUUCCUCUCUUGAAUGUGUGGAUAUAUUUCAACCUUGUCUCCAAUGUCAUUUUACUCCCAAUCCUUGUUUUGACGUUCAUGUUAUCGAAAAGAGUAACGAAGCGGCAUCCGUCGCUUAUAAACGUUUGCAUGACGUGGAUUCUCUCUGGAAUCUUUUCUCUGUUGCUGUUUUUUGGCGGAAGGGCGAAACCGACAGAUCCAGAUCCAAGUUCGGCACUGUGCAUCACCCAAACAUCUUUGCUCUAUGGUAUCCUGCCCAUGUGGUCUGUUGCAGUGUUCAUUUUGAUGUACUUCAUUUUGGGGAUAAUCAGUGCGGACGGACGAGCUUCCGGCGUGAGCAGAAGUAAAAUGACGUUGAUGCUCGGAGCACCUUACAUCGCUCAGUUUUGUUUUUCAAUUGCUACCCUCGUAAUAUCUUUGAAAUAUCCCAAGUAUGUCACCAGGAAGCACAAAGUUUUCUACUGUGCCCUCAAAUAUCCCCCUCUUUCCGAUGCCAUGUCCAUAUUCACCUUUAUCAUGUGCUUAGGAAUCAUCAUGAUUAAACUCCGAAUCUGCGUGUUGUUGUUCAGGAGAUGUCGCGGGAUGAGACGAAAUGGACAAUCGAUUGUUGUCGAUCUACAGCUUCUCGUGAGGGUCAUUAUAUUCGGAGCCUUCGUAUUUCUAGGAAUGUUCGUCGACGUUGUUUCGAUGUUCUCUCAACGUAGCAUUGCCCCAGAUUUGUACGCUGCGACAGCUGGAACAGUAGUAUUCUUGGUCUUUGGGUCGCAAGCAGACGUCCUUCGUGUUUGGUCCUUUUGGCGAAGAGAUGAUUCCACCCAGGUUUCACCAACUUCGAGUCGCGGAUCAGAUAUGCUGCGUUCUCCUAUGCCUGCACAUAUAAUCAACCAUGUGCAUAGACACGACGAUAUCUCUGCUUCGCCCGGGCCCUAGCAGGCAAUAACCCUUUCAAAGGUUCUUCGUGUUACUCUUAGUUUUGCUUCGACCCGUUGAUCACCCGUUCAUUAUCUAUCUUGCGCAUCUUUCUUGUAGUCUGUCUCUCCUGUCAUAUCUAUUUGCAAAUACAGUGACCU